AUAAAUUAAAAAUUGAAUUAAGAAUAAAUAUAUAAAAUCGAAUCAAAUCGACCAAUGUGUCGCGGCAUUACCCGAAAGUUAAAUAAAAAGAGCACACGUGCGGAGCCUUGUUCUUCUCUCCUGUUCUAACUGGUCUGCUCCACCAUGAGUACAAGGUAUAAAUAAGCAAUUUUAAGCAGAAAAAUCAUCAUCAUCAAGAUUCAUAUUUCUCACAAAACCAUGGUGUAUCAUGUUAAAGUUAUUCGUAAGAGAGCAGAGAGGCAUGAACGGAAGCGAAUGCAAAGCCAUAAGGUGCAUGCGGAGCGAUUAUCUGUGUUUGAAGAAUUACUUAAUGAGAUUUAUACAGUUCGUCGCCCUAAACCAAGUGAUUAUGAAGUUAGGAGAGAUUUGGUUUCUGCUUUUAAUGAGAUAGCAAAGGAUAUCUACGGACCCUCUGGUAAUGUUCCUGUAGUGGAGGAGUUUGGAUCUUUCGUAAUGGAUCUAUUCCAUUCAAAGAGUGACCUAGAUCUAUCGGUUAAUUUUGACAACCGUUUAGUUGAAUUUUCGCAUGAGAAGAAGAUUCAAACUCUUAGGAAAUUUGCAAGGAAGUUAUAUGCACUUCAAAGGUAUGGGCAUGUUUCUGGUGUUCAUCCAGUAAUAGCUGCCAAGGUGCCCGUUCUGAAAGUUGUUGAUUGUGGAACGAAAAUUGAGUGCGAUAUAUCAGUUGAAAACAGGGAUGGAGUUUCAAAGUCUAAGAUAAUCCACAUGAUUUGUUCACUCGAUGAAAGGUUUCAGAAGCUGAGCUUUUUGAUGAAAGCUUGGGCAAAAGCGCAGAAUAUUAAUAGCUCAAAAGACAAAACUUUGAACUCAUUAUCCGUAAUACUUCUGGUUGCUUUUCAUUUGCAGACACGAAAUCCGCCAAUACUACCACCAUUUUCUGCCAUAUUAGAAGAUGGCUCUGAUCCGGAUGCAGUGGCAAGGUCGUUGAAGAAGUUUGUGAAUUAUGGGAAGCAGAACAAAGAGUCAGUAGCUGAGCUGCUAGUUACUCUAUUAAUCAAGUUAUUGUCGAUUGAGAAGCUAUGGGCCAAAGGACUAUGUGCAAGCACCUACGAAGCAUCUUGGCUAUCUAGAACAUGGGACUCCAAAGUUUGCUGCAUGAGCGUUGAGGAUUUCACUGAUCGGUCUCAAAAUGUUGCAAGGGCUGUUGGGAAAGGAGAAGUAAAACGCAUAUACAAGUGUAUCCAGCGUAGUAGCGAAUACAUUUCUGCUUUUAUGGAUGGCAUUGUUGAAGUACCCAUGUUGAAACAUCAUUUGUUUGGCCAUGCUGCUCCCUUUCAAGAAGAUUCUCAGACAAAGAACAUUAAAGAAAAUGGAAAUAUAGUCGCUCUUCCUUGUAGUGAUAUCAAGAAUAAGGAGGAUCAAAGUAAAGAAGGCCAGAAAGGAAGUCAGUCAGCUGUACCUUCUGAACCUAUCGCGACAAAAAGAAAAUGUUCUACCGAUGGUUGGGAAGGAUCAACUUCAGCGAGUUCGGGACAGUCGAAGGAGAAUGGUGUACUGCCUGAGUCUCCCUGGAAAAAAGGAAAAUGGUCUACUGAAGGUUGGGAAGGAGUACGUUCAACAAGUUGGGGACAGCUCAAGGAGGACGGUGGGCCACCCGACUCUCCCUGGUCAAAAGGAAAAUGGUCUACAAAAGGUUGGGGAAAAGAAUCUUCAGUGAAUAGGGGACAGUCAAAGGGGGACGGUGUACCCCCCGACUCGUGUAGGGGAAAAGCAUCUUCAGCGAAUUGGGGGCAGUCAAAGGGCGACGGUGUACCCCCAGAUUCAUGUACCAAAGGUUGGGGAAAAGCAUCUUCAUCGAACUGGGGACAGUCAAAGGGGGACGGUGUACCACCAGACUCGUGUACCAAAGGUUGGGGAAAAGCAUCUUCAUCGAAGUGGGGACAGUCAAAGGGGGACAGUGUACCCCCAGACCUGUGUACCAAAGGUUGGGGAAAAGCAUCUUCAUUGAAUUGGGGGCAGUCAAAGGGGGACGGUGCACCCCCAGACUCGUGUACCAAAGGUUGGGGAAAAGCAUCUUCAUCGAAUUGGGGACAGUCAAAGGGGGACGGUGUACCACCAGAUUCGUGUACCAAAGGUUGGGGAAAGGCAUCUUCUUCAUCGAAUUGGGGACAGUCAAAGGGGGACGGUGUACCCCCAGACUCAUUUACCAAAGGUUGGGGAAACGCAUCUUCAUCGAAUUGGGGACAGUUAAAGCGGAAUGGUGUACCCCCAGACUCGUGUACCAAAGGCUGGGGAAAAGCAUCUUCAUCGAGUUGGGGACAGUCAAAGGGGCACGGUUUACCACCGGACUCUUUCUGGACAAACAGAAAAAGAUCAGAACAAACCCCGGGAGGAACUUCUGCUCAAUGGUUGAAAAAACCAGACACAAGAAGUUGGCCCCAAAGGAAGCAUAACAAUAACUAUGCACCUAAGGCUAAGUGGUCAAAAAUGCAGACAGGAGGUUGGGGAGGAAGAUAAAUGGAACCAUCUCUUUUGUUAUCAAUCAUCUUUUUUGAUCUUUCUCAUGGAUAUGCCUGAACAAGUACGCUGCGAUAUCAAGUUGAAUCAUCUGCAACAACUUUUGCAUUCUUGUUAUGACUCGGGGAGUAUUUCGCAUGAGCUAACGUACCCCUAGCCCCUCGUUAAUCUCUUGUUUUUGUUCUGGUUUGUCAGGAUAUUUUGUACAGUUUUGUUGACUUAGCAGUUAACAAUGACCUAACAAGAUGGAGUGUUAACUUGCUCAAUGUACAUUAAUUCUAUUUAUCUUUUGAACAUCAAGGAAUUUUCAAGGACAA